CUCACCAGAGGGCUCUGUAAAUGUUAUUUUCAAUUAAAUACAACUCUGCAAUAACACAUUGUCAUUGUAUAUUUUGGAUUUUUCUGGAAUACAAAACGAUAUAUAUUUGUUAAGAAAAUUAAAUUUAGUCAUCUACUUUAUUACAUUACCACAAUUAAGAAAAUUAUAUAUACACACUACAACUGCAGACAUGUCAGAUUGGGAUACAGUAACCGUACUGCGCAAGAAAGCUCCAAAGGCCGGUGCUCUUAAAACUGAAGCAGCUAUUAAUGCCGCCAGGCGCCAAGGUGUACAAGUUGAUACCCAACAAAAAUAUGGUGCUGGCACUAAUAAACAACAUAUAACAACUAAGAACACUGCCAAAUUGGAUCGUGAGACUGAAGAGUUGCGUCAUGAAAAAGUUCCUCUAGAAGUGGGAAAAAUUAUUAUGCAAGGACGUCAAUCUAAAGGUUUAAGUCAAAAGGAUCUCGCAACUAAAAUUUGUGAAAAAACACAAGUGGUUACUGAUUAUGAGGCUGGCCGUGGCAUUCCCAACAAUAUGGUGUUGGGCAAAAUUGAACGUGUCAUUGGUUUAAAAUUGCGAGGCAAAGACCGCGGCCAACCGAUGGCGCCCCCUGGUAAGUGAGGAAAAACUACAACCGCUGCUUCAACAAGUGGCGGUACUAGUGGAGGAGAUACAUCAACAGCCGUUGGUAAGCAAACAGCAAAUAAUAAGUUAAAAACUGAAAAACCACUAACAACGGCUCAACCAAAUAGCUCUUCUCACUUGAGCCACAACACAACAACAGCAACAGCUAGCAGCAAAAAUAAGCUCAAAUAAAUUAUCGGGAGGUACGAUCAUCUAACAUCAAUAAUUAUAACAACAACAACACAGCGCUAAUUAAAAUUAAAUUGAAUAUUAUUAAUCUUAUAAAACAAAAAAAAAAAACAAAAGAAAACAAGAAGGAGAGUGAUUUUGCAAACCUUCAUUGUUAAGAAUAAAACUUUCUUUCUUGGCUUGUUUCUAAUUACAACACUUCGUUUGAUUUUCUCAUUUUUAAAAAUAGUAACACAGAAAAGCUACACAAACCAACAAACCAACCA